UGAUAAUCUGUGGUUCAUUCCUUAAUAAGCUUUUUGCUACAAAGAGUGCUCAGAAAACUUUUCCCAUUCAUUCAUUCAUUCAUCCAGUCAGUUUACAAACAGAAUUCUAGAGAAAGAGAACAAAAAUUAAGAAGGGAGGAAAUGAUCAAAAUAAUAAUUCAAGAAUUUCUUCCAGGACCAAAAGACAAAGAUGUUCAUAUUUAAAGGACCCACCAGCUACCCACAGUGACUGAAAAAGGACCUAUGUUAAAGCACACCAUUAAAAAGAUCAGAACACUAAGAAUAAAGAGAAGAUUCUAAAAGUUUUCAGAGGGAAGAAGCAGGAAUAAAUGGAUGAGAAUUAGAAUGGCAUUGGGUUUCUCAACAAUAACACUUUUAUGCUAAAACACUACAGUGAAAUUUCAAGUUUUGUAAGACAAUAACUUCCAACCUAGAAUCCUAUAGUCAAACUAUCCAUCAAGAGUAAGAGUAGAAUAAAAACAUUUUCACAUAUACAAGGAUGAAAACAUUUAUUUUCCAUCCAUCCAUCCACCUUUUUUUUUUUUUUAAGGGAAAGUUACUAGAGGAUGUGCUCCAACGAAACAUGAGAGCAAGACAAGAAAGAGAAAGACGUGGGACCCAGAAAAAAGGACCAGGAGAAUGUGAAGGGAAAUUCCAGGGUGAAAGAUAUGUGGCAGAAUUAGAGAGCAGUCAUUUUCACCGGAGAAGGAAGAUGGCAGACUCCAAGAAGAAAGACUGCAAAGUGAAUCAGCUAUAUGUAUACAUAUAAUGUCCAUGGACAGAGGAAUGGAUAAAACAGAUGUGGUAUAUAUAUACAAUGGAAUAUUAUUCAGCCAUAAAAAGGAAUGAAAUUGGGUCAUUUGUAGAGACGUGGAUGGAGCCAGAGACUGUCAUAAAGAGUGAACAGCAGUGGCUCCCGUUUCUCGUCCUACACCUGGUCACUACCAUGUCGUCUACCGAGGGUGUGCAUAAACACUCUUGGGCCGGCAUGGGUAGACAUACUGCUUGGUUGAUGGCUACCGGGCCUACGGAGAUGUUCCUUUGGCCACGCCAGCAAAGGUUGAAACAGAGAAGCCAGUCCCCAGACGUGCUCCCAAGAGAAAGCGCUGUCCAGAAAGGUCGGACAAAGACCUGUGUUGCCCCAGACCCAAAAUCCGGCGAUUGCAGCAUUCAAGCAGCUCAGAAAUACAAGCAGUGGCUCCCGUUUCUCGUCCUACACCUGGUCACUACCAUGUCCUCUACCGAUGGCGUGGAGAAACGCAGUUGGGCUGGCAUGGAGAGACAUACUACCUGGUUGGUGGCUUCCGGGCCUAUGGGUAUAUUCCUUUGGUCAUGCCAGUAGUGGAAGCAGAGAAGCCAGUCCCCAGACGUGCCCCCAAAAGAAAGCGCUCUCCGGAAAGGUCGGACAGAGACCUGCGUUGCCCCAGAGCCCAAAUCCGGUGAUUGGAGCAUUCAAACAGCUCAGGAGAACAAGUGCAGCAGGUACACCCAGACCGGGCAACUCUACAGGAGGUAUGAUAUACACACAACCUCACCUGGCUGCCACAUGUUCCUGUGGGGGUUGCCAACUACGAACAGCUGAGCACUUUCCCAGAUCAGCAGUGGCUCCCGUUUCUCGUCCUACACCUGGUCACUACCAUGUCCUGUACCGUGGGUGUGGAGAAACGCAGUUGGGCUGGCAUGGGGAGACGUACUGCCUGGUUGGUGGCUACCGGCUCUACGGGGAUGUUCCUUUGGCCACGCCAGCUAAGGUGGAAGCAGAGAAGCCAGUGCCCAGACGAGCUCUGAAGAGAAAGCACUCACCGGAAUGGUCGGACGAAGACCUGUGUUGCCCCAGACCCAAAAUCCGGCGAUUGGAGCUUUCAAGCAGCAGAGGAAUACAAGCAGCAGCAGUGGCUCCCGUUUCUCGUCCUACACCUGGUCACUACCAUGUCGUCUACCGCGGGUGUGGAGAAACGCAGUUGGGCCGGCAUGGGGAGACAUACUGCCUGGUUGGUGGCUUCCGGGCCUACGGGGAUGUUCCUUUGGCCACACCAGCUAAGGUGGAAGCAGAGAAGCCAGUCCCCAGACGUGCUCCGAAGAGAAAGCACUGUCCGGAAAUGUCGGACGAAGAGCUGGGUUGCUGCGGACCCAAAAUCCGGCGAUUGUAG